AGUCACAGCGAUGUUGCUAUUUUCCCCUGUUUUCCCUCACCCGGAUAGAUUGAUACUGAUCAUGGUUGCGCGCUCCCCGAAGUUCGCUUUUACGGUGGUUACAAAUGUUUUCAUCUGUCGCACCACGUGUUAGACUAAAUUUGUAUGUGUAUGAUUCGGAUGUAAAUAUAGAAGCUUGUAUGUUCUGGAAUUAUAGUACUAAUUUAGUGUCAGAUGAAGUAGGCUGUAGGUAGAUACUUUUUGUGCAAUUUUUAGGUAGCACCUGAAUUCGCUCCAGUAAUUCCCAAGUCGAACAACAAUCACUACGAUGUCAAAUCAGCCGCGGAACGAGGAAGUAGAGGAUGGCUCUGACAGUGACGUGCCACUGCGUGCUCCUUCUACUACAGAGCGGGGGGCGAGACGUGCACCAACCUCUGCAACCACUAGUAGUAGGGCGCCGACGAAUGGCGCCUCUUCUAGCUCUGGUACCUCCUCUCGAGCAGCUGGAGGAGGAACAACAUCUUCUCGCGCUCCAACGACCAGUACCAGAGUAGAAGAAACACGGCAGCAGUUUUUCGAGCGUUUUGGUGUAAACUUACCGCGCAACCAAGACGACGUCCCCGCCUUUGUCGAGGCCAUCCGUGGUGUGGUCGAGUCGCCCUUGGGCACGCCAAUGGGCAGUGCGGCACAACCGAGACGCACGUUGUCGACAGCGUCUAGCAGAUCUGAUGUCCUUGGUUCUUUGCCAAAUGCCGUUUCCACCUCCAGCGGUGUAGCCGACGCAGUUGCUCGUCCUGCAAUCCCAAGAGCUGCCACAACUACUCCCACAACUACUGGUCCGGCUUCACAAGAAGAACCCACGGCUAACCCUCCACCACAACCCGCAUCUGCGGCUCCGCCACCGGCGCCGCCACAAUCCUCAACCUCAUCGACAAACGAACAAUCUCAGCCUACUGGAACAGCGCCGCAAAGGAUACUAGAGACAACAGCAGCAGCCGCUGAUGACGUCCUAGCACUGGUUCCGACAGAACGCGGUGCAGCGAUCGCGGCUGAAAUGGAGAGACAGGAACGGGCUUUGCAAAGAGCCGUGCGCCGGGAGCUAGUUGAAGUGGCGGAUGUACAACUUCUUAGACUUUUAGUACUUAGAAGAAAGCGGAACUGUCAUUUAAGAUUGCUCUUGCCGUGAGUGUGUGUACUUAGAAUCGCAACAUGUUUAAUAUUAGUUUCUUCUUUUUAUAUAAGCCUAUGAAUGUGUAAAAAACUCCUCUUAUAUUUGCACUUGCAGCUUCGCGCAGCCAUGGGUGCGUUGCACAUAGACGAUGAGGCUUUUCUGCAGCAGCAAGUUGAAGCCUUGAGGCAGAUUCAGGCUAACGAAAGCAGUUUGCAAGGCUUCAUCGAAGGCGUGGAGAGCAGUGACGACGACACGCAUCCACAGUCUUCCAUUGCUGGCAUUAUUUCUGGCAUGGACCCAGAGAUAGCAGCUGAUCUAGCUGCUUAUCGGGCAGGUCGUGGGAUUGAGAACUUAGAUGGUUCUACUGGCGGAGAAGAUUCGUCAAGUUCGGUUGCGAUUGCUGCAGCACGUGUGCCUAUCGGGGGUCCGACUCGGCGGCGUGCGUCUUCGACUGCAGGAGGUGGAGAUCAUGAAGGUACAACGGACGAGCCGCCUUCGCCUGACGUGCAGCCAGCUGGAGGAACGCGGCGUCGUAGUCGUUUGCGCCAGAUAGAGGCGCUGACCGGCGCAGUGAUGGGCGCACUGGCGGAAAUGACAGGUGUGCCUUCUUUGGGAGGCGGUGGAGCAGAUGACGAGAGCAGCACUGCGAUGUCGUCAUCGUCCGAUGAUCAUCCGACGACCAGAGGCAGACGCGUGAAUAAUGCGCCAUCGCGCGCAAUGCGAGUUGCGUCGACGUCAGCGCAAGACCCUGGCAGGUCUUCGAGAACGAGGCAUAAUAUAGUGCAUGAAGAACCUCCGGAACCGCAGGCUCCAGGAGGAUCCGCAGGAGCUACCGCUUCGUCGUCUUCAACCUCUACAACUGCACCUGAACCUGGGCAACCAGAUGGCUCGUCAGAUCCUCGUCCCCCCUCCCUCGCAGCAUCACCUCCAAGACAACCAUUGAGCGAACAGGAGCUGUGCAUAGUGUGUCAAGAGAAGCCUAGGAAUGCGAGCUUCAUUCACGGCUCGACCGCUCACAUCGUCUGUUGCUACCAAUGCGCUAUGGAGACGAUGCGACGUGACGGUCGCUGUCCUAUGUGCCGACAGCGGAUUGAUGUUGUUGUAAGGAAUUACACAUAGUUCGUGUGGGAGAGGGAAGGGAAUGAAUGUCGAAUACUGCUAUUAGAGCAGUUUAUAGCGCUGCCAGAUCCGGGAUGGGAUCAAACGGAUGGACUUCCCACCAUUUCAAGUGGGACCGGAAGAAUCAGGGGGGUCCAUCCGAUCCAUCCAAGUCCAUCCUACAUCCUAUAACUUAUCAAUAUUUGGCGUACUAUUCGUUGUACCAAAUGCAAUCUCAUGAAACUGGUCAAUAAAAAUUUGUAUUUUUGAGAGAUUUUGGAGAUGUGGUACGAUGAUGUCAUUUUCGAAGUUAGAACCACAAGAACACGAGCAUCAACAGACGAUUAAGACGCGAAAAAAGGUCUCGCAACACCUGCUAUCAAGCAUGGGUUUGCGUUUACGCAGAAGAUAUGUCAACAUUGUUUGGACCUGCUUUUUUUUGACUUUCCCUCUGUUUGGAGCAAUACGU